UUGUUUCUUAGUGUUUGGAAGAGACUGAUUAUGUAAGGAAGCAAUAGAUAUUUGCCGAUAGUUAUUAAGUAGUUGUUCGGAUAAUUUGAUUCCUAAAUUACUUGUUCACCAUGAGUAGAUCUGUCCAAACACGAUGAAAUCAUUAUCAGAGUUUGAAAAUGUACGUUGAAACACCUCUUUUGCGCAGUAUAUAACAUUGGAGAUCAUAACCUGUUUUGGACAAAUAUGUGUAUAAAGUAAAUUGGCAAUGUAAAUCUGAUGUAGGGGAGAUUAUUGAAAUCAUUGUGCUUAUUUUUAUUGUGUUCUUGUGUAAGAUGCAUGGGAUCUUGGUGCAUAUCUGCUUAGAAAUGAUAGUAUCUAAAUUUUUUACCUUUUUAUUGGGUGCGUACGUAUACUAAUAGACGUUAAACAUUUAAAUUAUAAAAUGACUCAAUAAUUUCUGCAUUUGCAUCAUUGUAUGGUUGGCUCUACAAGGUAAAAUACAGGGAUAAUGACAACAAUAUUCAGGUUAAAUUUCACAAACACCGUUUAUGGUUUUACUGUUUUGUCAAUCUGAUUCAUUCGCUAUAGUCUUGCUGCUUGCGAAAGCUGUUUUGUCAAUAAAUUCACUAUAUUCUUGUGAAAGCUGUUUUGUCAAUCUGAUUCAUUCACUAUAUUCUUGCGGAAGCUGUUUUGUAUGGCCUUCUGCUACGAUCAUUUGGAGCAAACACAACUGUUUUUGUCAAUCAAAUACCCAAUUAACAUUAGCUAUUUCAGAUGCCAAACAUGUGUUCUCUCAGAUUCAUACCUCAGUUAAAUCUGUUUGCAUGUAUUGAACCUUGAUUUACCUUUCGUUUGUCGGCUUUUUAGGCUGACCAGUAUGAUAGGUCAACUUUUUUCUGGUUUUGACUGUCAACAGUAGAUGAUGUUGUGGCUACGGCUUUUUAGGAUGACCAGUAUGAUAGGUCAACUUUUAUCUGGUUUUGACAGUCACAGUAGAUGAUGUUGUGGUUAGUUUGAAGAUUUGUCUGGAAGCUGUCGUGGCGUCGCCGCCAUUGAUUUAACUUUGUUUAGAAUAAAUUGUCGUCAUCGUUUGACCAGUGUUGACCUACUCGUUUCUCUCUCGUGUAUCAUGUUGACUAGCAUUAAUUAUAUAUCUUUACACAUUAAAUGAUUUGAAUCGCGGCGCGGGUUAAGCAUCGUCCAAUACAAAAAAAAAGAGAAUUAAAUUUAUCUUCGACCCUGUUUUCACCGCUGUAAUGUUUUUAUCGUUUUCACAUAAAUACCCCCAAAGCUUAUGUCCUCGUGCUCAAAUCCCUCUAAACCCUAGACCAUUGUAUCUGCUAUGGAAUCGCGUCCGCCGCGUAAUGCCGCUUUUGUCCCGAAAGUUCGGCAGGUUGGGUUCUUUGCCUCUUCUGAUCGUUGUCAUUUGGACAAAACUUCUUCUUCGUCUCUGUUAUCUCGCUCUCCUGUCAUGAUCUACCCUACCCGCCAUGUCCCCUGCUCUUUUGGUCCCAUUGAUUUUGAAUCUUUUGUUUUGAAUGAGGGUCCAUUACUCGGAGUUAAAACAAAAAAUGUUUCCUCGAAACCUUGUGUUGGAUUUGACUUUGAGACGAUGAAGCCUUCUGUAACAAUGAUCAACGAUAAGGUUGGGGAACAGUCCAUUGAAUCGCAAGACGGAAGUGGUGCCAACUCAAAGCAGCCAUUGAAAGAGAAGACAUCAAAGGCUGAAAGGCGUGCUCUUCAGGAAGCUCAACGAGCUGCGAAAGCUGCUGCAAAAGGAGCAAAUGGCGUAGUCAACAUGAAAACAGGAAAGGUCAACAAUGUUCAAAAGAAAGAUAAUGCAUCCGUUGCAGCAACUUCUGAGAAAAGGGUAGUUGAUCAUAAGGAUAAAGAUAGAAAGAAAGACGUCCCUCAUCCACGAAUGCAGUUUGAUGAUGCAACCCGUGUGGAGAAAGCUAAAAAGCGUGCAAUUGUAAAACAAACCGAGGUCAGAAAUAGAGUCGAGCUUUUUAGGCAUCUACCUCAAUACGAGCAUGGAACAAAGCUUCCUCAUCUUGAAUAUAAGUUUUUCCAUCUCAAUUCCAAUUCUGUUCACCCUGCAGUUUACAAGGUUGGAUUAAGAUAUUUGGCUGGUGAUAUAUCAGGCGGAAACGCUCGUUGUAUUGCAAUGCUUCAAGCAUUUCAAGAAUCCAUUAUGGAGUACUCAGCACCACCAGAGAAAGCUCUUAACAGGGAUCUAACCGCAAAAAUAAACAGCUACGUCUCAUUUUUGAUCGAAUGCCGCCCCCUUUCAAUCAGCAUGGGUAACGCAAUCAAGUUCGUUAAAACCCGCAUAGCCAACCUUCCAGUAACUCUAUCCGAGUCAGAAGCAAAAGCAAAUCUCUUGUCGGAAAUCAAUAAUUUCAUAAACGAAAAGAUAAUUCUAGCAGACAAGGUGAUAGUACGACACGCUGUGACAAAAGUCAGGGACGGUGACGUCCUUCUUACGUAUGGGUCGUCUUCUGCGGUUGAGAUGAUAUUUCUGCACGCGCACGAGCUCGGCAAACAUUUCCGUGUUGUCAUAGUAGAUUCACGUCCUAAACUCGAAGGUCGGUUAUUACUUCGAAGGCUUGUCGGAAGGGGUAUCAGCUGCACGUACGUCCAUAUAAACGCCACUUCAUAUAUCAUGCAUGAAGUUACUCGCGUCUUCCUUGGUGCUUCAUCUGUGUUGGCGAAUGGAACAGUUUACUCCAGAGUCGGGACCGCGUGUGUUGCUAUGGUUGCUAAUGCUUGUGGUGUUCCCGUUAUAGUAUGUUGUGAAGCCUAUAAGUUUCAUGAACGAGUUCAGCUUGAUUCGAUUUGCUGUAACGAACUUGGGGACCCGGAUGCCAUUUCGAAAGUUCGUGGGAGGGAUGAGGUUAACCAUUUGAAGGACAUUGCGGAUAACGAAAACCUGCAACUUCUUAAUUUAACGUAUGAUGUAACGCCUUCAGAUUAUGUUUCAAUGAUUAUAACAGAUUAUGGCAUGAUACCUCCGACAAGUGUGCCUGUGAUUGUACGAGAAUUCCGCAAAGAACAAAUAUGGAGCAGUUGAGAUUCGAGAUUUAGAGUUAUGAAGAUGUUUUUCAUGUUUUGGUUUUAGCUGUUGAGAGAAACCGACUCCGUGAAGAGCGCGAUAUUCUGCCUCUCCGAGCUUUUUGGUGUUUUUGAGUCUCUUGAACAGUUCCUUUCGACUCUUGGGGAUUUGAAACUUCUUUUGGAUUUAAGGUGUUGUACCUCAUUUUUGUUGUGGUUGGGAUUUUGGUGGAGUGUUAAGUGCAAACCCUUUCUGGUUUAUGUUAUGUUUACUUUGGAUCA